AUGAAUCAUGAGAUGUUAGUGCCAGAGAGGUGGGAGAGCGCCCAGGUCAGUAUAAAAGGCCUGUGUGUAAGUGCAGUCACUCACACAGCGGCACACGGCGCAGAAAACAUGGAGAUUAUAGCUGUAGCUAUACUAUUAGUGACUGUAGGACAGUCGUUCACGAAACCACUUCCAGCUGAUGGGACAGAGAGAUGGCUGUUAGGAGAGCGAUACCUCAGACAGUACUAUGGCCUGCAACCGGGUCUGAUGGGAAAUCUCAAACCUUCAGACUUGAUGAGUGAGAAGAUCCGCACCAUGCAGUCAUUCUUUAAGCUAAAGGUCACGGGGAAGCUGGAUGACAACACACUGGACGUCAUGAAGAAGGCCAGAUGUGGUGUGCCAGAUGUAGCAGAGUACAAUCUCUUCCCCAGGAAGCUCAAAUGGCAAAACACAAUUGUGACUUUCAGGAUAACAAACUACACUCCUGACCUGGAGAAAGAGGACGUUGACAAAGCCAUUCAUAAUGCCCUAAAGGUCUGGAGUGAUGUGACUCCUCUAAAGUUCAAGAGGCUGCAUGAAGGAGUCGCAGACAUCAUGAUCAGCUUUGGGAAACUAGAACACGGAGAUCACAACCCAUUCGACGGCCCUAACGGACUCCUUGCCCACGCGUACCCACCAGGGAUGGGCCUCGGCGGAGACACACACUUUGAUGAGGAUGAAACGUGGACUAAAGACUCAGACGCGUAUAACCUGUUCUUAGUUGCGGCUCAUGAAUUCGGCCACGCUCUCGGCAUGGCUCAUUCUAACGAUCCUGGCUCUCUGAUGUACCCCGUGUAUGCGUACACCCCUGGGUUUCCUCUGUCUGAAGAUGACAUCAAAGGCAUACAAGAACUCUAUGGUACCAACCCAGAUGGAGGGAAAAUCAAACCCAAACCUGAAGCUCCAGAGAAAUGCGACCCUGAGUUAAGCAUCGAUGCCGUGACAGAGCUCCGUGGAGAGAUGCUCGUUUUCAAAGACAGAUAUUUCUGGCGUGUGCACCCACAGUUCACCGAACCUCAACUCGGGCUCAUUCAAUCCACAUGGCCUCAACUCCCGAAGAAAAUAAACGCAGCUUAUGAGAACCCAGAAAAAGACAUUGUCAUCAUAUUCAGCGGUAUCAGAAUGUGGGCUCUGAACGGUUACACCCUGGUGCCAGGCUACCCAAAAUACAUCCACAGACUGGGACUCCCCAAAUCCAUCCGCAAAAUAGACGCUGCGGUGUACAUUUCUGACACGGGCAAGACUCUGCUCUUCACUGAUGAGGAGUACUGGAGUUAUAAUGAAGAGACCGGCACGAUGGAUCAGGGCUACCCCAGAUCCAUAAAGGACGACUUUCCUGGGAUGCGAGAGAAUGACGGGGACGAGGUGGACGAGGUGGAUGCUGCCACCUACAGAAAUGGAUACCUGUACUUGUACCACGAGAACCUGCAGUAUGAGUACAGUUACAAUAGACGGAAGGUCGUCCGCAUCUUGAGAGCCAACGACCUGCUGCACUGCUAAGCUCUUAUAGUGCACAGGUCUCACAAAACAUUUAUUACUUUAUUACGUAAUUUUAUGUGAUGUUUAAUUUUUUUAUUAAUGAAUUUGUAACUACUGAGCUGGUUCAGUAAAAAAAGAAAGUGACAAUUCUGAUUAUUUAUGUAUGUAUUUAUAGUUUGGGGAAAUUGUAUGCAAGGGCAGUGUUCAUAAGACUACAGAAAAAAGGCUACUGUAUAUAAUCCUUUUAUUAUAAGCAUCAGGUGUUUUUACUUUGUCUGUUAUGUCCAUUUGACAUAAUAGUUGACAAAAGUGUUAGUUGACCUAGGUUUACAUAGGUCUUUUUCCCAAUAAGGAGAUUAUUCCAAUAGGCAUGGUCUCAUAAUGACCUGUGUCAGUUUAGAUGUCACGUUAUGUCAACAUGUCAUCUUAAUUGACAAAAGAAGAAUAAGAAUAGUUCUCCAAGCUUCCUGGAGGCACAUUUUGUCUUCUUUUAACUACAAUUUUUUUAAUAUUUAAAUUUGUACUAAAUGUACGAUUUAGCUCAGUGGGACUGCUGGAGUUUUAUAUGAGCCUUAGCUGAACAUGGAAUGCAUUUUUGCACGAAACGAGGGUUGUAAAAUUUGGCCUGAUUACUUACAUAGUACUCGCAUUCCAAGUGACAAAUUUAUAACAAUCCAGACAGACUGUAAUGUACUUAUAUUCACAGCAAUGUUGAUUUAAAAGACGGACUUAAAAUAAACAGAACUAUCCCUUUACAGCAUGAACAAGUGAGAAUCAGGUGCAUAUGAUGACAGACCGUCAGGCUAGUGAUUAGUAUAUUGCUGAUGCUGAAUGCUGAUUGGUUGGAACAGAUAAGAGGUGGAAAUGAGGUUGCUGCUGAGGUUAUUACAUAAACAACCAUUAAAAAAAUUUUUAUUUUUUUAUUUUAAAAUGACAUGUUAUUACCAAAAGUGAGCCUAGUGUGGCAGGGCACACAUUAACUUUUACACUUGAAAUAAUGAUGCUUGUCAGCUUAUGUCACAUUUUCAUAACAGUAACAUAACACAACUUUGGCGAAAAUCAGUUAGAAGACAUCAGUUAGCUCAGCUGUUUUAACCUGACAUCAAAACAAAACAUUGUAAGCUUUAAAACUGACUUUAUGUUUUAUGCAUAUGGAUUCAUGAAUCUGGACUCAUGUUUAAUAAUUAGAAUUGUGAAAUGUCUUUUCUUUAAAUCUGAUAUGGAUGUGAUAAUAAAAUUAAGCCUUCUGCGUUGACUCGCAGACAUUGAAUAUUUAACGUAUUAUUUAUUAGUACAUUAUCCUGGUUGAAAAGUCAAAUAAAUUCUUA